GAAACUGGAGAUGCUUUCCGUGAAAAGAAAAAGUAGGAUGUCAUUCAUCGACCGGGCUUUUACAAGUUUACUGACAUUGCAUAGUACGGUCAUGCUAAAUGGUACAGAAGUAUGCUACAGACAGGAUAUAUGACUAAUAAAAUAUGGAUAUGAAAAUGGUAUUUGAAAAUUAAGAUAUGAUUAUCAGAAAAAACAUGGGGAUAGCUAAUUUUGAUAACCAGUGAUGUGAUACGCUAAUCAUGGCUUAUUUUUGUUUUUGUUUUCCCCCUGCAAUCAACUCCAAAUGAUUUGCUCAGAAGGUCAACACGAAUAAAAAGUUAAAAGGUGUGAAAUCCAAGCUUAGCUAUCUACUAAUAUAAGAUAACGUUAUACAUAAUGUAAUACUGUAUAUUACCAUAUAUCAAUUCUACCCCCAAAUAAACUACACAUUUGUAACUCGUUCAUGACUUGGUCAUCAACGACGCCUUAUUCCUUUGCUAUUUGGGGUUUUUUUUGUACGAAGAUAAUUUUAUUGUAAUCCUUCUUUACAAGCGAGAACACCCAAUCCGAAUUUACAUUAAAUUUUAUCGAAUUAGAUAGUAUGGAAAGGGCUUAUAUACUUAGAAUUUCUAUAUUUUCUAACUUUUAGUAAUAAAAAAUUUAUAACUACUUCUGCACACAAAUUAAUACUUAAGUCCUCUUUUUUUAUAUAUCUUCUCAAGCUUUAUAUUAUUAUGAAUAUUCAUUACCCAUUCCACAACCCUUUGCUUUAGGUGAUUCUCGUUUAAAGGAAUGUGAUCUCUCCAUUCAUAACACCAUCAUCAAUAAUUAUUAGACAAAACAUAAAUUUCGAGAUUCCCUACCGCCAAUUAUUAUAUAUGUGAGUGUGUGUGUGUGUUGUAAGUUUUUUUUUCAAGAAACGAUAAAAGUACUAAUAAUUUUUGUUUGUACUCACCGGGAAAAAGCGAGUCGCACUUUGAUGGAUUUUUGCUUUGUCAAAUUACGCAUUUGUCCACACUCCAAAGACUGAAGCUACUUGGCUUCACCAUUCUUCACCUCACUAUCCUUUUCUAUGGAAUUGUCUCCCCUACUCUUCUCCUCUCUGGUGGUUGGUUUGCUUUUAGCUUGAAAUUUGAAUGCUCUGUAAUGGUUUUGCCAUAAAAAGGUGGUUUCUGGGUUUAACCAAAGGAAAAGGAAAUGGAAGGAGAGAGAGAGAAAGAAAUUAGGGUUCAUACGAUACCUCAAACAUUCUUCAUGCCUGAUCCAUCACAACCAAAUUCCAUCUCCCAAAGCAUGCAAGAAAAUCAUCAGCUAGAACAAUCAAGCAGAGGAAUCUGUAUUAGAAACUUACCUGCACUGGGAGCUAUGCCUUUUACACAUCUGUUGGCACUGGCGAAUGCAGCCUCCACCAGUUCAAUUGAUAUGAACUCAGCAUAUUUGGCGAAAUCUCUCGUUGAUAGUUGCAGGACUGAAUCCAGCUCGGGGACUUUGAACCCCGGAUCCUCACUUGGGCUGCAUGCAGGCAGUGCUGGCACUGAAAAAUCACAAUAUGAGGUUUCAACUUCACAACAGCAUUUCUACGAUCUUAAUCUUCUACCCGAAGAGAUCUACAACACAGUUCCUCAAACUGAAGCUGAGUUUGCUCCAAUAACUCCGGGGAAACCCGACAAAAAACUGCCUGAAAUACCAGCUCCAUUCUCUGUAGCAGAAACAGAUCAAAUGCUUCAAGAGCCUGCCAAAGAUUCUUUUAAUGCUGGAUCUGCUGCAACAGAAAAGAAACAAAAGAGAGAAAGUCAUGGUUCAUGUUUUGCAGCUGCAGGGAAAACAAAUCAAGAAUCUGUGAAAGAUUCUUUCCCUGAUGCUGUUUCUGCUGCAACAGAGCAGAGUCAUAAGAAAUCAAAGAGAGACAGAGGCGAUGUUCUGCAAAUUAAAACACCACAGCAAAAACCGAGAAGAAAAAAGCACAGGCCUAAAGUCAUUAUCGAAGGCAAAUUAAAACGAUCA